ACUCACUGCCACGCUCCCGCCGGCACAGGCAGCAGCCGCCGCGGCAGCAGCAGCACCGGCCGGGCGCCGCCGCCGCCGGGAGCCGAGGCGGGCAGGACGUCGGGCGGCCGCCGGCAGCGCCCGCCGCUUAGAGCCGGCCCCGGCGCGGCUGAGGAACCCGGGCGGCCGCGCUCUCCCCGCGGCGGAGCCGCUCAGCCCCAUCUCCGCUCGGCGUCGGCAGCGCGCGGCCGGGGGAUGGCGAGCCCCGCCGCGCCGGGGCUGCCGCCCGGCCCCAACCUGAACAACAACAACAACAACCGCGGCGUGAGGAAGUGCGGCUACCUGCGCAAGCAGAAGCACGGCCACAAGCGCUUCUUCGUGCUGCGCGGCCCGGGCGGCGGCGGGGAGGAGGCGGGGGGCGCCCGGCUGGAGUACUACGAGAGCGAGAAGAAAUGGAGGAACAAGUCCGGGGCGCCCAAGCGGGUGAUCGCGCUGGACUCGUGCCUCAACAUCAACAAGCGGGCGGACGCCAAGCACAAGUACCUCAUCGCCCUCUAUACCAAGGACGAGUACUUUGCCGUGGCGGCCGAGAACGAGCAGGAGCAGGAGGGCUGGUACCGCGCCCUCACCGACCUGCUGAGCGAGGGCAAGGCGGCCGCCGGCUCCCCGCACCGCCCCCUGCCCUCGCCCUUCGCCGCGCUGGCCGCCGGCGAGGAGCCCGACUACGGGCUGAUGACGCCGGCCGCCGCCGCCUACCGGGAGGUCUGGCAGGUGACGCUGAAGCCCAAAGGCUUGGGGCAGAGCAAGAACCUCACCGGCGUGCACCGCCUCUGCCUCUCGGCCCGCACCAUCGGCUUCGUGCGCCUCAACUGCGAGCUGCCCUCGGUCACGCUGCAGCUGAUGAACAUCCGCCGCUGCGGCCACUCGGACAGCUUCUUCUUCAUCGAGGUGGGCCGUUCGGCCGCCACCGGGCCCGGCGAGCUGUGGAUGCAGGCGGACGACUCGGUGGUGGCCCAGAACAUCCACGAGACCAUCCUGGAGGCUAUGAAGGCUCUAAAGGAGCUGUCCGAGUUCCGGCCCCGCAGCAAGAGCCAGUCGUCGUCCUCCUCUUCCUCCGGGGGGGCGGCCGGAGGCGGCGGCCCCUCGGCCACGCACCCCAUCACCGUGCCGGGCCGCCGGCACCACCACCUGGUCAACCUGCCGCCCAGCCAGACCGGCCUGCUCCGCCGAUCCCGCACCGACAGCCUGGCCGCCGGCAGCAGGGCCGCGCCGUGCCGGGUGCGGACGGCCAGCGAGGGCGACGGCUGCCGGGUGGGCUCGGCCGCCGGCAGCCCCAUGAGCCCCGGCCCCGUGCGGACCCCGCUCAGCCGCUCGCACACGCUGAGCGGCGGCGGAGGGCGGCCGGCGGGCAAGCUGCUGCCCGUGCUGGCCGGGGGCGGGCUGCAAAGCAGCCGCUCCAUGUCCAUGCCCGCCUCCCACUCGCCCCCCUCCGCCACUAGCCCCGUCAGUCUCUCCUCCAGCAGCGGCCUGGGCUCCGAGCCGGCCCACCCGCAUCACCCGCAGCGCCCGUCCAGCGGCAGCGCCUCGGUGUCCGGCUCGCCCAGCGACGCGGGCUUCAUGUCCUUCGACGAGUACGGCUCCAGCCCGGGCGGCGACCCGCGGCCCUUCUCCUCCUCCUCCACCGCCAGCAACCGCAGCAACACACCCGAAUCGGUGGCCGAGACCCCCCCGGUGCGGGACUCCGGCGGCGGCACCGAUCUGUAUGGCUACAUGGCGAUGGAGCGGCCCCCGAGCGGCCGUCUCUGCUACCGGCCUUGCCCCGAGGCUGACCGGGGCCACCGAAAGCGGACCUACUCGCUGACCACCCCGUGCCGGCAGCGGCCCGCCCCGCCGCAGGUCUCCUCCGCCUCCCUGGACGAGUACACGCUAAUGAGGGCCACCUUCGCCGGCAGCGCCGGCCGCCUCUUCCCCUCCUGCCCGGCAGGGGCUUCCCCUAAAGUCACCUACACGCCGUACCCCGAGGACUACGGCGACAUCGAGAUCGGCUCGCACCGCAGCUCCGGCAGCAGCAGCACCAACCUGGGGCCGCCGGCAGGGGGGGGAGGCGGAGGCAGGGGCGGAGAUGACGAUGGCUACAUGCCUAUGACCCCCGGCGUGGCCGCGGCCCUGGGUCGGGGGGGGCGGGGUGGCGAUGACUACAUGCCCAUGAGCCCCACCAGCGUGUCGGCCCCCAAACAGAUCCUGCAGCCCCGAGCGGGGGUGGGAGGCGGCUCCCCCGGCAACGGGAGCAGCUAUAAGACCAGCUCGCCGGGGGAAAGCUCCCCCGACGACAGCGGCUACAUGAGGAUGUGGUGCGGCUCUAAGCUGUCCGUGGAGAGUUCGGACGGGAGGCUGAGCAACGGCGACUACAUCAACAUGUCCCCUCGAGACCCCCAGCACGGGUCCCAGGCUCCCUCCCUCACCCCCCCGGACUUUUUCUUCGCCCCCGCAGGGCACGGGGCUGGCGAGCCCCUCAAACCCGGCUGCUACUCUUACAGCUCCCUGCCCCGCUCCUACAAGAGCCAGGGCCCAGCUAAGGACAGCGACCAGUACGUGUUCAUGAACUCUCCGGGCAGGAUGAUCCCGGAGGAGGCGAUGUGCGGAGCGGUUCUGUCCCCGGCCGGCACCUUCGCCCCCUCCAGCCACACGGUGCCUUCGCCCCUGCGGCACAGCCGGACCGAGGGCUUCCUCAGCCAGCGGUGCCAGCGGGCCGUCCGGCCCAGCCGCCUCUCUCUGGAGACCUUGCGGACGAUGCUGCCAAGCAUGAACGAGCACCCCUUGCCUCCCGAGCCCAAGAGCCCCGGGGAAUACAUCAACAUUGACUUCGGGGACACCGCUGUCUAUUCUCCCCCCUCGCUGCCCACCGACAGCCCAGCCUCCUCCCUGGGCUCAGGCACAGGGCAGAGGCGCUCCCCUCUCUCCGACUACAUGAACAUCGACUUCAGCUCGCAGUCACCCUCCCAGUCAGGCACAGUCUCGGUGGGCUCUUUGGAAGCGCUCUCGCCUGGCUCUUCCUCCAGCACCAGUCAGCCCGAUGGGCGCUACAUGAAGGCGGCUGGGGGGGUGGCCUGUCUGUCCAGCCCAUCCGACAGCGGGGAUUACACUGAGAUGACCUUUGGCAUGGCCACUACCCCACCCCAACCCAUCGUUCAGAAGCCAGAAAGUGCCCGGGUCACCAGCCCCACGGCCGGGGUGAAGAGGCUCACCCUCUCCGGGGUGGAGGCCUUCAUUCUUUCCAGCCCACCCCCAGACCCCAACCGCGGGGCCAAGGUCAUUCGGGCUGACCCCCAGGGGCGCAGGAGGCACAGCUCGGAAACUUUCUCCUCCACCACCACUGUGACCCCCGUGUCCCCCUCCUUUGCACACAACCCCAAAAGGCACAACUCAGCCUCGGUGGAGAACGUGUCCCUCAGGAAAAGUGAAGGCCUGGAGGAGGAGCAGGGCAGCAGCCCCAUGUGCCGGGAGACCUCGGCUGGCUUCCAGAAUGGCCUCAACUACAUCGCCGUCGACUUGGUGGACGGCAGCCUGGCAGGCUGUGACAAAGCCAGGUCAAAAGCCAGGCAUGUCCUGAACGGAGGUGUCAACGGAGUGGAGAUGAGCGCCUAUGCCAGCAUAGACUUUCUGUCUCACAACCUGAAAGAAGCAAGCGCUGUGAAAGCCAGUUGAUUUUGAAGAAGAAAAUAUUUUCUCUUUUGAUAGGAAGUACAGGAAGAUGGAAAAGAUGAGAGCUCCAGCGUUGGCAGAGCAAGCGUUGAACCUAAUUAACGCGAGAGGAUUGUUGAAUGAGAUGGCAAAGUUUUAAAGGAUGCACGCUUAUUCUGAAUGACUUGAAGGGCUGAGGGCAGAGUGUUAUUUGGCGGUUGCUUUUGUUUUUGCUGGGGUCAUUUUCGGGAUUUGUAUGUCGUGACCUGAAGCGGUGCAGAUGCUGUGCGUAUGGGUUGCAUUGCCCUAUAUGAGGCCAGCUUUGAAUUCACAGCCUAGGACACUAGCAAGCUAUUGUGUGUGUUUCUUUGCAAACUGAUUUUUCACAGAAAUAACGGGUUUUCUAGAGCCACCUAUGGCCCUAAGUGCAAAACAAGCUGUUGUUGGGAAAGAACUAUUUCCACAACAGUCUCCAAACUGCUGACCCCAAGGCAGAGGGGGAAAGCAGGGGGAGGGCAGUGGGAGGCAGUGACAGAAUAAACCUGGCGUGUAUGGCAGCGCUCCCAUCAGCCGGGCUGGGAGCAGGAGUGGGGCAGCCGAGCUGGGGACUGACUGCUGUCCUCCUGCAAAGUAAACAAAGGGAUAACGCCAGAAACAUGGCCACGUUAAUUUGGUACGUAACGUACCGAGGAGAGGAUUUAAUUCUAUUGUAUAUUUAUCAAAGCGUGGUUAUAGACAGAUUUUAAUAUUUAAUCUGUAUGUGUAUUUAUUUUCCCUAUUUCCUUUAAGCUCAUAAACGUAGACCUCAUCCAGAAGUGCUCUGGGUAAACUCGCUGAGGUUUAAUCUCCACGUAGGAGGCAAAGCUCUCCUUCCACCCUCCUGUUUCCCUGGAAAAUGUGUCUGCCUGCUGCGCAGUUGCUCUACUCGGGGAUUGCUGUAGCCAAUAUGAAGCGAGGGCGGUAAGAAAAAAGCUGCACAAGCAUCAGUCGGAGAGCUCUGGGUUGUAUGUCAAACUCAGGGCUUCACGUGAGCUGUGUUUGUGGCAGGCAAGCAGGAAAAGCUGUAGCAAGGGGUAGUAGAAAUACAUCAGAAAGAAACUUGCCAGGGUAUGUGGGAUCUACUUAUGCAAAUUUCCAGGUUUCUCUUUCGGAUUUCAUUAGGAUUUCCCACUGAAGUUUGUUUACAGAGCUGCUUCUGCCACUGUUAAAAUGAUCACUUAGUGUUGUGUAUUUAAAUUCCAAAAGCUGUGGCUUGGGAGAUUAAGACUUUCGUAUUCUGCAGAGAAAUACAGCGACAAUUUAAAGGAAACUACAUUUGAGCAAAAGCAAGAGUCAACUGUUAUUUUAACACAGCAGUAAUUCAGGUAGAUUUGAGAGAAUCUAUCUUAGUGAAAUAAUGGCUUGCAUGAGAGAUCUCUUACAUCACACGUAAUCAGCAUUGUUUACUGAGCUGUUUGCACUAUGUCCAAAUUCUGUUUUUGCAUAUAUGUCAAAGUGGUCGGCUUUGCCUCUUCAAACAGAAGAGGGAUUUUUCUAUGGAGUUCUUCAGACAACGGAGGAUCCAUGUACGCUUAAUAAUUGGAGCAGGAGAACAAGUCAGAUACAGGAUAUACAAACAAGCUCCUUGUAAUUGCUUUAAUAGUAAAUUAGUGUAAAAUACAUGGAAAAAAUCAAUUUGAAUUCUUCCUUAAGCUCUGUAGCAAUCAAUGUAUUUUCACGUGGAUAAAUGCUUUGCAGGAAACUAUCUGUGUCAUUGGAAGGUGGGUGGUUUUCACAUGUAGCUUUUUUUCCUGCUGCCAGUACCUGACCUCUGCUGUAGCAGUGCUGUAUUUCAGCGAUCUCUUUCCGUGUUGUCCUCUCAAGACAAGAGCGAGCUUCUGCCACCACAAUGGCUCUGACAACAGAGAAACCAAAAGGUUGCUUGAAAUCAUCAGUGCAUUUAGUUUUACUGUACUCUGCAAGUGUGCGCAUAGUUAAGAAUCUGGGAAAUGCUUGCUUUCAUCCCAUUUGUAAAUAAAAUAAUGGUUUUACUGGUCGGUUAAAGCUCUUGUUGGAUGUAGAUAAUUAGCUAGCCUUUUGUUCUGACAUUCUGACUGCUUUUUUUUGCAUAAAGAAAUGUAUGCCCUGUGUAUGGUUUUAUUAUUUAUAGAGGCAUUUGCAGUCUUUUUCUCAUAUAGUGUCAAUUAUUUAUUCCGGUGUAUUUAUGGCAGGUAACACUCAACAAUGGGGUGACUUUUUAUGGUGAGUCUUCACUCUGUUGAAGUGAAGUGGGAGUUCUGUCUCAAUUUCAAUGGGGUAAAGAUUUCGCCUUUUGUAUGUAAUCCUGGAAUUCAAAGUAAAAUUCCCAUUAAGGUUAGCGACUGUGUAAUUGGGAGUUCUGCUUAAUUGAAAGCACCAGGUUUGGGUGUGUUAUCAUUCAUUUUGUCUUCUCUUAACAAAAUGCUCUGUAACUUUUCAAUGCUUAUAGUAGUUGGUCUAAUUUUCUAAAACUGAACAGAUAUUAUGUAUAACGGUGCAAACAAAAACAACAACUGAAGAUUGUUUUCUUCCUGUUUUGGAUUUGUUGUCUUAAUUUAAAGUAAUCAUCUGUAAUGCAUCUACUGAAGAUCGUAGUAACGUGAUUUUUUGAUAAUAACGAACCUCCCCCUUGUUAAUUAGUUCUUACUUUUGUGAGGGUUUUGUGAUUGCACCUAAAACAAAUAAAAAGCCUAUCAUAAGAA